CUCAGGGAGAUGAUUGUCAAAGUCUUUAGCUCAAGUUUCAAAGCAGCCACCAGUGUUCAGGGAUCAUGCCUUCAGGGAAAACGGUGAAGCUUGUCAUGUACGAGGGGAUGCAGUUUGCAGCUCUCGUUGUCCCUGUCUUUGUAAUCAUGGAGAGAUUUGCCAGACUCAUAAGAGAUGUGAAAGGACAUAAUGUGACUGCUUACUGGCUUGUGGUGGCUGCCUCUGUUGCCUAUGUGACCUCUGCGACCCUCCUGGUGUGGGUUCCUCUCAAAUACAUGAUCCUGAAGAAGCGGAGAUUCAUCUUGAAGAUCACACAGUGGAGACCGAUAGUACUGACAUAUCUCCUCCUGUCACCGUUGCCAUGUUUUGCAAUUCUAAUAGCCAGCUCCAAGGUCCAGUUGGACAAUGGACAAAAACUCGACCAUUUCACAGAGCUGCCUGUUUCCUUGGUUCUUUUCUCCCUGAUUUGUGUGGAUAUCAUAGAAAGGAUACAACCUUACAGGCUUACGGGCAAAGCUAACAAUAUGGAUUCUGGCUUCGACAUGUCAAGGCCUGUUCUGACCCACCUGAAACAGGUGACUAGUGUUUCAGGUCAGCUUCCUGCUAAUGAAGGCCAAAACGGUGUCAUCCCAGACCAGGCAGAGGACAGAAAUGGCACAAUCAACAGAAGGCAUGAUCUCACUGAGUUUUCUCACAGCACACGGCCCAACGCUGCCUACCUCUACUCAUCAUCCUUAGGUCCUAAGCCUUAUUCAGGUCCCCUAAGCUUCCUGUGGAGAAAAGAUGGAAGGUCAGAGGUGUUUGUGGAUAGUUUCUUGUUCUGGCUGGACACUGUGGAGAUGGUACGAGUUGCAGGCGAGCCGUUAGUUUUCUACUCCACUUGGGUGUUCCCAGUUUACAUCCUGGCUUUCCUUUCUUCUCUCCGGAUGAUCAUUUGUCCCCACAGCUCCUUGAUGUCGUUUGCAGGAGUUAUACUGCAGGAUCUUCCUUUCUUUGUCCUUCGUGUUGCACUGAUUGUUGUGUUUGGUUUUGUAACACCUUUGUUGUAUCCUCUGAAAAAUAUUCUGGUGAGCUUAACUUUUAUCUACUUCACAUGGAUGACCAAGCUGAAGAUAUUUAAAAGGCGCAGCAUGUUCUAAAGAGGAGUGAUGAAGGGACCAUUUCAUAAGUGGAUGUUUGAACUGUUGGUGUUCAAGAGCAGCACUGUAGACUACUACUAAAAUACCAUUUUUGUAAUUAAUAGUCUAAUAUAUAAUGGUGUGUAGACUGGAAAGGAGCGUUUUUACUUUAAUGACAUGUCAAAAACAUAUUCGCAUUUCCUUAAAUCUAUCCAGUUCCUUGAAAAUUAUUCAUUCCCUUAGAACUUUCUCACAUUUGGUCACAUCGCAGUUCAGUCAAAUAAAACCUAAAUGUAUUGUAUUUGGAUUUCAUAUGACAGACUUAAAUAAAUAAAGUGCAUAAUUGAGAAGUAUAAGGGAAUAAUCUCCACCUUGCUGAUUCUAUUUAGAAAAAUAGAUUAACUGGGCACUGGGUGGCUCAGUUGGUAGAGCUGGCGCACCAUCUGCAGAGGCUAUACACUCACCGACCACUUUAUUAGGUACACCUGUCCAACUGCUCGUCAACACAAAUUUCUAAUGAGCCAAUCACAUGGCAGCAACUCAAUGCAUUUAGACAUGUAGACAUGGUCAAGACGAUCUGCUGCAGU